CAAACACAUGCUGCCUAGCUGUUAGCUCAGUGAACAACGUUAAGAGUGGCAAUAAAACGCCGCUAAAGAUGGUCCAAUUAAGUAGAAUCUGCUUUCGGAAGUCAAAACAUCAACAUCAUCUUACCAGACUGAUGUGAUCUCGUUUAAAGAUGUGACAAUUUGAUACGUCUGUGUCCAUCUGUGACUGAAGAGACCUUACAUGUGAUCAUAACACUAUGCAAACUUUGUGGAUAACCUGCGUCUGUACGUCCAUGGAGGCUCUGGCGGAAUGGGUUUACCCCGACUUGGUGGACAGGGAGGGAAUGGGGGAGAUGUUUGGGUGGUGGCUUCAAAGACUACUACCUUGAAGAAGGUCAAGGAUAAGUACCCCCAGAAACGAUUUGUAGGUGGAACUGGAUCUAACAGCAGUGUUCGAGCACUGAAAGGAGCGAAGGGGACGGACAAGGAGAUCAAUGCCCCUGUUGGUAUCACCGUCACCACAGACGAUGGCAAAAUAAUUGGUGAACUGAAUGCUGAUGGUGAACGUCUCGUGGUUGCGAAAGGAGGACGUGGAGGCACCUUUCACUCUGCAUUUGAGCCCAGUAAGGGUCAGGCCAAACACAUAAGGCUGGAUCUCAAACUUAUCGCAGACCUGGGCCUUGUUGGGUUCCCAAACGCAGGGAAGUCGUCUCUCCUGACAGCCAUGUCUAACGCCACUCCUCAGAUUGCAAACUAUGCUUUCACGACUUUGAAGCCUGAGAUCGGCAAACUGAUGUAUAAAGAUUACAAGCAGAUUUCUGUUGCUGAUCUUCCUGGCCUGAUUGAAGGAGCUCAUAUAAACAAAGGCAUGGGCCACAAGUUCCUAAAACACGUGGAGAGGACUAAGCAGCUUCUCUUUGUGGUUGAUGUUUCUGGUUUCCAGCUGGCGAGUAAAACACCGUUUAGGUCGGCCUUUGAAGCCGUUCAACUUCUCACCAAGGAGUUGGAGUUGUUCAAAGAGGAGCUUGUAUCGAAGCCUGCUUUACUGGUGGUGAAUAAGAUGGACCUGCCUGAUGCUGAAGACAGACUAGUAGAGCUGAGGGAGCAGCUGAAGAACCCAGAAGAGUUUUCUGAUCUGUUACCUGACGACAUGAAACCAAAGAACUAUCUGAGUUUCAGACAUGUGGUUCCUGUCUCAGCCCUCACUGGGUUUGGUAUCGAACAUUUGAAGAGUUGCAUCAGAGAAUCACUUGAUGAAGCUGCAGAAACGGAUUCUAAAGCCAUCCAUCAAGAAAGACUGAAGGCACUGAUGUCCAACUCACACAAGCUUUUGUGAAAGUCACGGACAACUUACUACAACUUCCUGUGGGACCUGCAGUGUAAGAGUGACGGAUGGGUUUUAUUCUGUGUGCCAUAAAAAUGACUGAUAGGUUGGACUGAAAUGGCGAAUAAACUCAGAUGAAACACACAACUGUGCCAUGCAGACCUGUUAGCAGCGGCAAUAAAGGGACUUUUUUGUUACUGACUGUCAUAGCCUCAACAUAAAAUGUUAUGAGUCUUCCUUAAAAAAAGUUUUAUUGACUCAAAAUAAGAAUGUUUGUAUCUGCAGAGACCUUCUGCCUGUAUUUACGUCCUCAUUCAGUGUGCAGGACAUUUCACGACAAACAAUGAUGGGCAGUGGGUGUGUAGCCCCCAGCAUAUGACCACAUGCAGGAAGUGAGGAGGGGACUGUCAAAACAAAGCAACCAGAUGUCAGAUCAUUAGAACAGAUGAAAAAGGAGCGGGUGUCACUGAGCCGGGGAAGAGGGCCAAUCUUUGAAUGUUGCUUUAAAAAAACUACAACCUGAAAAACCUGCUUGUUCUACAUAAUUCUGCAUCAUUCUGAAUAUGCUACUUUGUAGAACUGAUUGUAGUCUUCUUAGGCUAACGUGGUUAGAUAUCACUGAGUGGCUGAUGGUGGAAACACUGGACUUUAAAAUGACAUGAACAAAGACACCAUAUGCAUAUUAAGAUCUGGCUAAAAUCUGUAACACUAAAUGAAAACAAUGAUGUCUCAGUGUGUGUUGCUCAUAAACCAUAUUCAAAUA